UGGCCGCCGGCUGCUGAGGGCAGCCCAGGGUCGGCUCCCUCUUCGGGUUGCUGAGGGAGACUCGGCCCGACAUGGAGCCGUCCCGCUGGCGGAGCGCUUCCCGCGGCGGGAAGGCACCGCGGAAGAAGCGCCGCUCGUCCCCGCUGCCGGGAGCGGCCGCUCCUCACGGCAGCCGGGCCGGCGUCUCCCAGCCGUGCCGGCGGCGCCUCUUUGGGAGCGUGGCCCCCCGCGGGCCGGAGCCCGGCUGCAUCAAGAGAAAGCUCCCUGUAAAAGCCCUACAAAAAAUUAAAGAAAAUCUUGAAGUCACUGAAGUGGGCCAUUCAUCCAACCAAAGCAACCAAGAAACAACAGACUUGGAAAAAAAAGAAGAGAAAAUAGAAGAAAGCACUGUACAGCAGAAGGAAUCCCUGAUAAUCAACUUUGAAAGUAAAGACAGUUUGAAAAAUGCUGAAGUGACUUCAAGUACAGGAAUGACUCUUCCCACGGGUGUUUCAACCUAUCUGCUUGAGUGUUUAGGUGUAGAUUCAACUGCAGAUUGUAAUGCAGGUGUUAGUGACAGCCUUAACAGUUGCCCGUCCCCUGAAACAUUCAGAGAUGAUGGUUCAGAAAGAAGUCAUUUUUACUCUGAAGACUCUUGCAAGUACAGGAACUCUACUCUCCUGGACUCCAGCAAAGCAGUGACCAUAGAUAAGAUACCACAGAUCUCAAAUUUUUCAGCAAUAUUAGAACCUGUACUGGAGGAUUUGAAAGACCAAUGCACUAGAAGAAAGAGACCAUCCAAUUGCAAUUACAGUUCUUCAGCAUUAAGUGCUUCAACUACUCUGGCAGGAAAAAAAGUCUGUAAAAUCAGAGCUGCAAAGGAGAGAACUCCAGACCCAAAAAGGGGUAUGCGCUGUUCUUCACCGUUAGGACCGGAAAAAAAGGUGAAAGAUCCUUAAUAAAUCAUCCAGGUUGUAACACAGAUGACUUGCUCCUUCCUUGGAUAGGUAGAAGAUUCUGCCUGCAAGUGUAGCAGUUCCUUUGAAAGGGGUGCCUGAAGUCAAUGGCAGAGUGAAGCUGUAGCUGGCCUCUACCUCUGGGUAGCAGUAAUAGCUAUGGGUGCCCCCCAAGCUCGCUGGUUUUUAUACUAACUGUGUCAGUGGUACCUAAUCAGUUGUGUAGAGCUUGAGUAUGACACUGUGACUCUCUGUUAGUGCUUACCACACCACAGAGGUUUGCUUUAUAACAUGAAAUGUAAUUAUUUCACCCUUUAGCCUGACAAUCAAACUGCUACAGCUAAAAAACUGAAGCAUAAGAAAACAGAAAAAAAAUCUAAUAUGUUAGAAGGUGGUGCAUCGUCAUUUGGUCGGCUUGAUGCCCCAGGAAACACUUCAGCCAAAUCAGUGGGGUUGACAGCAGAAGUACUGCCAUCCAAACAGACAGAUGCUGAGGUGCAAAUGAGUUCCAUUAUGCUGAUCAUGGAGGAAAAGAAAGCCUUAAAUUCUGGUUGUGCUCAGCCUGCAGAGCUAGAUCCCCUGUGUGGCAAACAGCAAAUCUGCUCCAUUGUCAGAACAUCACCGUGCCAGAGGCCUUCCAGGCUUCGCCAAAUUCCAGUUAACACAAAAGUGUUCCAGCUUCCCAAAAGAGAGCCUGAGGGUAAGAGCAUAGAACUGGAUCGCUGUGCAGAUGGUAACUGGCUAUUUGAGUGUUUAAAGUUUUUUGGUUUUGUUUUUUUUUUUUUUUUAUUUUUAAGUCUGAGUAUUUGGGAAAAUCACAAUGCUAAAGAGUAAAAGACACUGAAAAGUUAAUGUGUUCUCGUGUAAUAGUACUUCACUGACAAACUACACAACACUUCUUCCUCCCAAGGCUCUUUUGCUUAGGAAUUAGCACAAUCCAGCCAUUUCACAGGCUAGAUCAUGAAAGCCAGAAGGUGCUACUAGGUGACGCAGGGAAUAUGUGCACCUCUCCAAGUUACUCCUGAACGCAACUUUGAGCUUCACUGCUGGUAUGGAGACUCGCUAGAAAAGAUACCAGCUUUAGUAAAUUGUUAUCCUAUGCCUGAUUUCUAGGGUGAAUAUGUCUGACUUCAGCUUUCAGUCACUGGUGUGUUUUAUAUCUUGCUCAGCUAAACCGAGCUCUUUAGCAUCCAAUAUGUUUUCCCCCUCUGAAAGUAGUUCAAAUAAUAGGGUGUGUUUUUUCUCUAAAGGUUAUCGAUUUCUCUGUAAAGGUUUCUGUCUUCUUCUCAUGAGACCUUUAACAUAGGGGAAGACUCCUUUCUUCACUUCCUAGAUUUUGUUAAACAAAAAUGGGAACUGUGUACAAAACUGUCUCAUCACUACCAUAGAGGUAAAAAAAAUCCCUUCUCUUUCCGAUCUGUGUUGAAGUUUCUCAUUGUGCCACUGGAUGGCAUAUGUCUUCCUAAGUUUAAAGUAGUUCUUUACAGACAACCUCUGCAAGCUUUGUGCAAGUUACAUUUGUCAUUUAUGCUGUUUUAAUUUAAUACAGAGGUACUUCAUAAGCGUAAUAGCUUUUAAAAAUACUGAAUAUACACAAAUUUUCAAUGAUAUUGCAGUUUCUUAGGUCCCAAUAUUUUCCCACUUUACUACAGAUUGAGUUACAUACAGCAUCUAGAAUGCAGAGAAGUGCUUUUGAGUGUGUGUAUGUAUUAAUUGACAAUCAUCUGAUGUUCCCAUGUGGAUCAAAGAACAAGGAUGUUAAGUCAUGUGCCCAAGAGAAUUGUGAUAAUACAGAGCGUAGGUUGUGCUUGGUAGGCAAGUGGAUCUCAGAAAUCAGCAAGUGGUGUUGCCAGAACAAAAGUUUGGUUUUGUUACUAUUUUUCUAGAGGAGCCUGGGAAUGGGGAAUUAGACUGCCGAAAGGUGAUGGAGUGGUGAUUUAUGCUGGAUGUUUUCAUCUCUGUUCAAGGAGUCUUUCAGAUGAUGCUCCUUUUCAUUAGGAAUGUAUGUACACUCAAAACUACUCUUCUCUUCUCACUGACAAUUGACCUACAAGAUUCAGAUUCCCCCAAACAAAUGACAGCAUAGGUAUCUGAACAUCUAAACAGCUUAUCAGAUCAAUGAGCUUUCUCUUACACUUGAGAAUGUGCCACUUUACUGUUAGUAUUUAACUUACCAAUUUUUUCCACAGAUAUUAUUACAAGUACCAAAAAUUGGAUCUACUGUAAACGCAGAUAAGAUUUCUGGGUUUCAGCAGGAGUCAACAGAAGAAAUAACUGUCUUGCUGCUGUGGCAGGGAGGUGAAAAGGAACUACUAACCAGUAAUUAAUGGCUGUAUUUUUUUGGUAUCUACACUGUUUGUUUGAAAUGUAGUAUGAUGCUUUGCAGCAAGCUUGUAAAUACUUUAGUAUGUAAUAUUAAAUUAUUUUGUACAAGCAACUAGGCCUUAUCCUGGGCAUUGUUCUGUAAGGACUCCAUGAGGAUGAUUUUUCAGUUCAUUUAGAUUUUUAAAAAAGCGUGAGUGAAGAACAGCAAAACAGAUUGCAUUAAUGGACUUAUUUUUGGCUCUUGCUCUGCCAAGAUUUCUAGAUUUCUCUAGUAGCAUUAGCAUCUGAAGAGGUGAUGUCUACUUGAGUUAACAGGUGUUAACACUGGUUUUAAAGGUAACUUCGUGUCCUGGAAAUGGGUAUGUUAAGCAUUCAUUUCAGCAACUCAAAAGUCAAUAUUACCCUACCAUUAAACCUCCUGAACGCUUAGGCCUGCAGAACUGUAGAGGUACAGAACUCUGUGUGUUCUGCUGGAAAUUGAUUUCUAAACAUGAACAUAGGUCGCCUUUACCCUGCCGCUGCUGAAGGCUGGCUCUUUGUGAUCAGCACUGUCUGAGCACACCCACUGCCCAACCACUGCCAUCUCAGAGUCCUUCCCACUUCAUCUCAGUUAUUUUGUAGUAUCACCUACCUCACUGUUUCUUUUAAUGCCUUCAGACUUGUGCAGAGGAAGUAGGUGCCUUACAUGAAUACAAGGGUGGAAAAAGAACUCUUACAGCUGAACUGUCUCAAGAGCUGGAUAUUGGCAUUCUGGAUUUUCAGGUUACUGCUUGCACUAUGUGGUAUGUAGGUUAGAUUUCCAGUGCUUCCAGUUCAACUUGUGGAUCAAUAAUCCAUAAAUGUCAUUCUCCAGCAGUUUGCUGAAUGCCUUAGAAAACACAGACAAGAGCACAGUUUUUUUCCACUUGAAUUCAUUGCAGGCUAAAGUAAUCUGGAUCCAUACAGUCUUCUCACUACAACACCCCUUACUCAGACUCUUCUAUAGAAAUAAAGGAAGUUUUUCAGUGUUUUAAAAUGAUAGUAUGGCUUUCCAAACCUCUUGAAUUCUGAGUUUUGUUUCUCAGUAUUAUCACCCAGAAUAUUCAUGCCUUGGAAAAUAGUUCUGUAUUUCCACAGAGAGCAGGUCAAGGAGUAAUGUAGAAUCUACAACUUUAAUUAGUUUGACUGCAUUUGAAAAUACCUGUGGAAGUUUAGACCCUGAGCCUUUUCCCAUCGCUCUGGGGUAGAAGGAAGUGCAAAUAAAUGCUGCUAGAUUAGUCUAUGAACAAGUAUUGUAUAAACAUACUAUAUGGCUCAAGGUUAGAAAUUACACCAUUAAGUUAUUUUUCCUUUAAUCAUUAGUAGAAUGAGUUCUGCCAAUAACUCCUUGAAAUCCUCUCGGGUAUGGUUCUAAUUAUCAAUAUCCUUUUUCUUGCAAAUACUAAGCCACUGGUAAUUAUGCAAGAAUCUAGAGCCCCUAGGAGAUAGAGGUGAGCUCCUUGAUGUAGCUUUAAGCAAAACUGAAAGUUAUGUAUAUAGUAAGUUGUGCUUAUGAUGAUUGUUCAAGUAGAGGAGGGUCCAGAGUAAAAGAGGUGUUUAUCGUAAGGGUAUUCUAGGAGUCCUAAGAAAAAACAUUUAUUUUCCCCCAAACAGUUUUGUAGCUUCAGUACAAGAAACGGGCUAAUACUGACAAACUAGUUGGAGAGUACCACACGUAACUGUGGAGUUGGCCGUAGCAGCCUGAAUAUUGCUGAGUUUUGUUUUUGUUUCUCUCGAUGAGGCUAUAGAGGACAGAAAUGUGAACCACAGUCUGUCUUGUCCUUCCCUUCAGUUACGAAAGCGCUACUUCUUAUUUUCAUCUUUUGUCUGACUCUUAGAGAAAGUGUAAUUAAUUACUAGGCUAGCUCUCUGCCCCAGGGAAGGAAAUUUUAUUCAUUUUGAGGCCGCAACAAUAUCUACUCUUGUUCUGCUUUUCUCAAAGGGAAGGCAUUUUCCCCUGUUUUGGUUUUAAGCGAAGAAUGACUACAUAAAACUUCAUUCAAAGUGGAAACUGGCUCUUCCAUAUUAGUGAAUAAAGGUUAUGGGUCACAGCCAGUUAAUGGGCAGUACAGAAGAGCUUAUUUAUGCAGUGAUUCAGGAGAGAAAUCUGUUCAGUGUCAGUAGGGCUGCUCUCUCACAUCCCAGACACGAUGAAGUCUUAAUGGCUUGAAUGGAAUCGCUGACAGUGAGUCAGUCCAUGUAAGAACUGCGAUAAUACUUUAUCGUUAGGAGUUGUGCAUUCCAGAUGCAUGGUUAAUAAACGCAUUAUACAUAAAUCUAGAAGAGGUUUUUCAUUAACACUGUUCAGUUAUUUUUCUGUUAUCUGGGGCGUACUUCUAGGAGACUGGCUGGACGUGCUCGGAGAUGAUGGAAGCUGUUUGCUGCUUGCACCGGAGUAGGGGUACGUGUACUGGCUGUUGGUGGGUAAAGACCUUACAUGCAAAUGGUUCUGGUUUGGUUCCUAAUCUCUAAACACAGAAAGGAGAGCUCUGGGGCCCAGGGCAGCGUGUACUGAAUGGACACAUAAGUUGAAAUUCAUGUUCUUUUAUGUAAGUACAGAGAUUUGCCUACAGGGAGGUUUUUACAGGAAAAUGGAUGAUUAAACUUGUAUUUAUCCCUCUCUCUUACUGUCUGUCCUCCCCUCCGUCAAUUAAAGUAUGUCCAUCAAGCCUAUCAGAAUCACAUGCUAUUAAUUUAGGAGUUUGGGAACAGGUUAAUAUUUACUUUUAAAGGGACUCUAUCAGCUUGAAUUGUAAUGCACUUGAGAUUAGAUAAAUGAUGAUUGCUGUAAAUUGUGAAACUACUCAAAGCCGAGUUGUAUAUCCUGGCCAAAAUUCUGAUAUUUCAUAGUGUUCCCUGAGGACUUGUAUUUGAGACUGCAUUUCCAUGUCUGUCUUGAGGCUGGGAGGCUUUCACAUGGUGAAAGGAUGUCAAGAUCACUCAUCUGUAAAUCUGGCAGGCAGGUGUAUCUUCCAUACAGAACAAGAGGAAAAAAAAAUGCAUCUAAACAUGAAUUCCUAUUUUCUCUUAGAAUUACCUUCAACCUCCAGAAGGUGAAAAAGUUCCUACAGAUGGCUGAUUGUGAGGAAUCAUUAUAUAGAUAUGUUACACAUGCCCUGAAUUGUGCCUUUUAAAAAUAAUCUGCUUAAUUUAGUCUUACAUCAUAUGCUGUUUUAGUUUAAUUCCAUUUUCUAGGGAAAGCAGAUGAGUCAGUUUUGUCAGUCCUUAAUUAAACUUUCUAGUAGUGUUGUAUCUGAACAGUGAGACGUGGAAGGAGAUUCAACUCUAACCAGUGUUUCCAUUUCAUUUAAACAUGCACUAAUAAAGAGUUUUGCAAAACUCCA